CCCGCCCCCUGCCAAGAUGGCGGCGAUGGCGGCCUGGAGGGCUGUGAGGGCUGUGCCCUGUGUGCCCAUCGUCCCCGCUGUCACCCGGCCCCUGCACACCACCCCUGCCCGCCUCAAGACGCGGGCGGCGCGUGUGCGCGGUGGCAGAGGAGACAAAGCCGUGACCUACGAGAUGGCGCAUCCGCCUCACUACAUCGCCCAUCGCAAGGGUUGGCUCUCCCUGCACACCGGGAACCUGGACGGGGAGGCAGGCGCAGCAGAGCGGGCAGUGGAGGAUGCGUUCUUGCGCCGGUUCCUGGCGGGCACUUUCCCGGGCGUCCUAGCCGACGCUGCUGUGCUGAAGCGCCGCGCCAACCUGGUGGUGGUGUGUGCCGUGCUGGCACGGGUGCUGCCGCCUGCCAAGCUCUACUUCCUGGUGGGCUAUACUGAGACCCUGCUCAGCCACUUCUACAAGUGCCCCGUGCGCCUGGAGCUCCAGACUGUGCCCAACAAGGUGAUCUACAAGUACCUGUAGCUCCAGACUGUCCCCAACAAGGUGGUCUACAAGUACCUGUAGCUUCAGACUGUGCCCAGCAAGGUGGUCUACAAGUACCUGUAGCUUCAGACUGUGCCCAACAAGGUGGUCUACAAGAACCUGUAGCUCCAGAUCAUGCCCACCAAGGCAGUCUACAAGUACCCAUAGCUCCAGACAGUGCUCACCAAGGUGAUCUACAAGAACCUGGAUCUCCAGGUAUUGCCUAGCUACGUGGUCUGCAAGAACCUAGAGCUCCAGACCAUGCCCACCAAGGUGGUCUGCAAGAACCUGUAGCACCCACGGGCAAUAAAGUGGGACGAGCAACCACUGUGCCUUGGCUGUGGUUGCUCUGAGGGGGGACAGCGCGGUGGGGCUCUGCGGUGGGCCUGUGCCUCCAUCUCCAGAGUCUUUCUGCCCCAUGUGUCCCACAUCCCUGUUCCCACAGUGUCCUUCUGUCCCUUUACCUGUGUGCCCCGUCCCUGCUAAGCCACUGUGCGCCCACAUGUACGCAUUCCUGUGUCCCUGUCCCUGUGAUGUCCCUGUCCCCGCAGUGCCCUUGUGCCCCAUCCCUGUGAUGUCCCUGUGACCUACAUGUCCCUGUCCCCACGGCUCCCUUGUGCGCCACACAUCCCUGUCCCCACAGCGUCCUUAUGUCCCACAUGUCCCUGUCCCUCUGUGCCCCACCUGGUGAUGUCCCUGUGCCGCACAUCACGUCCCUGUGAUGCCCUUGUGCCCCAUAGGGCUCCGUCCCCACUGUCCCCUUGUGCCCCACACAUCCACAACCUCACAUGUCACUGUCCCCGCGCAGAUCCUGUGACGCCCGGGACCCAAGAUGCAGUUUUGAUGGAAAGUGCCCCAGUCCCUCCCAGUUCCACCCAGUCCCAAAUCUGAGAAUACCUGUGGCUUUAUUUAAAUACAGCAUCCGUAGAAAAAGCAGCAGUGGGAAGGGAUGGGGAAGGGCAGCGUGGCUCAGCCCUGCCCAGGGACCGUGGCCUCGGCCCUGCCCGGGUCCUUGUCCUCGAAGCAGGGGUUGCUGUGGGCCAAUUCUGCACUGGCCACUGUGUCCCCAGUCGUGUCCCCCACUGGCAUCCGCAGAUUGGGUCUUGCAGGGAUGGGAACAGUGUCAAGUGGCCAUCGUCCUCCCAAGGGGGCAGAGGGAACAGA